UAUAUAUGGCUUCUUCACUUUCAAAUCUCCCAAACCCUAACCCUAAACGUAUCCAGAAAUUCAGUUAGUUUCGCCCGAUCUUCAGUCUGUACACUGCUAGGGUUUCAAUUCAGCCCCAAUUCAAUUCGAUUCAAUUCAAUCGCAAUGGCGCCUGCGGCCAAACCAAAUAAGCAAGGCACAGACGAUUCCGAGACGCCGUCGAACAAUCUCUGGGUUGGAAAUUUGGCGAGCGACGUCACCGACGCCGAUCUCAUGGACCUGUUCGCCCAAUUCGGUGCUUUGGAUAGCGUCACCUCCUACUCGUCACGGAGCUACGCCUUCGUGUUCUUCAAGCGCGUGGAGGACGCCGCGGCGGCCAAGGAGGCAUUGCAAGGUGCCCUUCUGCGCGGAAACCCUGUUAAGAUUGAGUUUGCCCGACCGGCAAAACCUUGCAAGAAUCUAUGGGUAGGUGGAAUUAGCCCAUCUGUCUCAAAGGAAGAAUUAGAAGAAGAGUUUUGUAAGUUUGGAAAAAUGGAGGACUUCAAGUUCCUUAGAGACCGCAAUACUGCAUUCGUUGAAUAUUUUAAAUUGGAGGAUGCUUCCCAAGCAAUGAGAAACAUGAACGGGAAGAGAUUGGGUGGUGACCAGAUACGCGUUGAUUAUCUUCGAUCACAAUACUCGAGAAGGGAACAGCCUGACUACAGAGAUGGACAGUUUCUGGCCAGAAACAUGGGGCCUGCUGAUUCUCAUAAAAGACAACAGUAUUCUCAAUCUUCCGGGGGACGAAAAGGUGACAGUCAACCCAGUAAUGUUCUGUGGGUGGGCUAUCCUCCUUCUGUGCAGAUUGAUGAACAAAUGCUCCACAAUGCCAUGAUUUUGUUUGGUGAGAUUGAGAGAAUUAAAAGUUUUCCUUCAAGACACUACUCCUUUGUUGAAUUCAGGAGUGUGGAUGAAGCUCGGCGGGCCAAGGAGGGCUUGCAAGGCAGGCUUUUCAAUGAUCCUCGGAUUACAAUUAUGUUCUCAAGCAGUGGGCUGGCACCUGGGAAAGAAUACCCUGGCCCUUAUCCUGGAGGCCAAGGACCUAGAUCAGAUAUGUUAUUCAAUGAACAUCCUUUUCAGUCUUUACCAAUGGACAUGUUUGGUCAUAACCGUCCAAUGAUGUCUAAUAAUUAUCCUGGAGCACUACCACAAAAUGGCAUUCUAGGACCAAAUGCUCCAAUGAGGCCUUUAGGUCCUCAAGGUAGGUUUGACCCUCUGCUUUCAGGUCCAGAACUUAAUGAUUUGGCAUCGCUUCAUAAUUAUCAAGACGGAAAUUCCAAGAACCUGAUGGGUCCCAACUGGAGGCAGCUGUCUCCUCCCACACCUGGGGCCGUGUCUUCUCCUGUGCCUGGUAGUAGGCCACCCACGAGACCUGCAUCUAGUGCAUGGGAUGUGUUAGAUGCUAACCAAUUUCAAAAGGAUGCUAAACGAUCAAGAAUAGAUAGUCCUUUGUCCAUGGACGACCCUCCAUAUCAGUUUAGAAACAUUGAUGACCAUGGAUUAGGGUUCGACUCGUCUUACGGACUUGGUCCGGUAAUUGAUGGAGGUGCUUCCAGACCAUCUAUGAAUGUCCAAGGGAAGAAUCGCCUUAGUCCAGCUGGUGUAAGGGUCUCAGUUGGAGGGCCUCCUGAAAAUGAUUUUAUAUGGCGUGGAACUAUUGCCAAGGGUGGAACACCUGUUUGCCAUGCUCGCUGUGUCCCUAUAGGAAAAGGAAUACGAAAUGAGCUUCCUGAAGUUGUUAAUUGUUCGGCUAGAACUGGACUGGAUAUGCUCACAAAACACUAUGCUGAGGCCAUUGGAUUUGAUAUCGUUUUCUUCUUGCCAGAUAGUGAAGAUGAUUUUGCUUCCUACACUGAAUUCCUACGUUAUCUAGGUGCAAAAAACCGUGCUGGUGUUGCAAAGUUUGAUGAUGGGAUGACCUUAUUCUUGGUGCCUCCUUCAGAUUUCUUGAAGAAUGUUUUAAAAGUUGCAGGCCCUGAACGUCUGUAUGGUGUGGUUCUCAAGUUUCCACCAGUUCCUAGUACUGCUUCUAUGCACGAACAGAUGCAGCCCAUGCCACCUUCACAGUUUAUAGAUAGACAGCAGAUUCCUUCUUCACAAGUUGAGUAUAGUGUAAUCCCACCGAAGGAGGAUCAUAUUUUGCCUAUGGAUUAUAACAGGGUUUUGUAUGAGGACUCAAAGCUUUCUGCAAAACCACUGUUUCCACCUAAUGGCGAGUCCUCUAGAGUGCAACCGCAAGACUAUGCUUCUAGUAAUAGUACUGCAGUAUCACAAGCUGGAGUUGCUUUAACUCCUGAACUUAUUGCCACUCUGGCGACUUUACUGCCUGGAAAUGCACAGCCGUCUGGUCCAGAAGGUGCUAGGGUACCAGUAUCCUCAGCUGCUAGGCAUUCAUUUCCUGCUUUUGCACCUAGUGAAGUAUCUUCUCCUGGAUGGAAACAAGAUCAACAAAUUUCUGAUCAUACCGGUCAUGCAUUACAACAAUUAGGUAAUCAGUUUAAUCCACACGAACAGAAUCAUUCGCAGUACCAACCUUAUCCAUCUGUUCCAAACUCAUCCAACCACUCUGCCCCACUAGCCCCUGGUAUCAACCAAAUCCCAGACUCUUCUACCAGUCAGCCCUCGCAGUCUGCAAAUUCAUCUAGGCCUUUGAAUAACUUUACAAUCCCUUCUCAAGGCGGACAAACUAUUGGACCCUCUCAUCUCAACCAGCACUAUCUGGCUGAAGCUCCUCUUGGUACUCAGAAAGGCUUUUCAGCACAUGGAACAGAUACUUCUGUGUUGUACAAUCCACCUGUUUCUCAGCAACACAAUAAUUCUAUGGCCUUUUCUGGUCAGACUUAUGGUGCUAAUUCGCAGUCUCAGACCUUUCUGCCAUUAGCGGCUGAAAAGGUGAACCCAGAAUACCCAAAUCAAAUGCAGCAGCUUCAGCCUUCACUUGGGGCUGGGGCUGGGGCUGGUCAGAGCGCCCCAGAUGGUGAGGCAGACAAAAAUCAUCGGUAUCAGUCGACGCUCCAAUUUGCGGCUAACCUCCUCCUUCAAUUACAGCAGCAACAACAACAGCAGCAAAUGGGCAGUCAAGCAGGGCGAGGGUCUGGAAGUCAACAAUGAUAAUUAUAUCCCCGUAUAGGGUUUUAACCAGCGUUUCGCUGUCUAUUCGGACUUGUAGGUUCGUGUUUACAAGGUGUUCGGAGUAGACCGGAUUUUUGCGUUAUGGACGUUCGUUUUGCAAUCGUGAAAAGAGAAGAGGGUCCUUCCGAGGAACUCAAAAUCCGGGAGAUAUUUUGUACAUGCUUAAAAGCACGUUUGGCUUUUGUUUCGAAAGGUCGACAUGCCUAUUUUGUUAAUUUUUUGUUUCAGUUUUUGAAGCACAUACAAAUACAGUGAUGUUGCCCUAGUUUUUUGGUUUUUCUCUUCCUAGAGUGUAGCUUCUCAGAUUGUUAGUAUCAACCUUCGUAUAUCUUUUAAUUGAGCACUUGUUGUAUA